ACUCAGUUACUCGCGGGACGUCCAUCCGUUCGAUUUAACAGCAAAAUACGGAAGCUUUGCGCAUUUGCUUGGAAUUUUAAUAAAUAAAGAUUUGUCGGGCAAUACAAGACGCACAUUAACAAUGGCUGCCAAUAAAUUGUGCUACACUUUGACUACAGGUGUUAUCCUGUGCCUGGGCUUUGCGGCUCUAAUUCAAGGACAGGAUAAGCUGCUGAAUGAAGUGUGCCUGGGUUGCCUGUGCGACGCUGUCAGCGGCUGUAAUCAGACACGUUACUGCGGCGACGGCGCCUGUGGCCUGUUUCACAUCACCAGGGCCUACUGGGCGGAUGGUGGCAGCCUGACCCUGAACAACGACAGUCCCCAGGCGGAGGAGGCCUUUGUAAAUUGCGUGAGUGAUCCCUAUUGCGCGGCGAACACCAUCCAGAACUACAUGAGGAAGUUUGGACAGGACUGCAAUGGCGAUGACGUCGUCGAUUGCUACGAUUAUGCGGCCAUACACAGGCUGGGUGGUUUUGGCUGCAAGGGCGAACUGACCCAACAAUAUAAGAACUCACUGGAUGAGUGUCUCAAGGCACACUCGAACAUUAAUGUGCGCAUAUUGCAUUAAGCUUUAUUUUCAUUAUUUAUAUGCAGCUGUGAGCUGAAAUUUGCAUCUUGAAUCGUUCGAAUUGUGCAGAAACCUUAUAAGAAGAAGCUUUAUAUAAAUGUAUAUAUAUAAAGCCCAUACUAAAAUAAAAACUAAAAUAUGGUUUAAUUUAA